GGUAUUUAGGUACCCAAAGUGUGGCUGAGGCAGGAUUUUCCCAGGUCCCUGUGCAGAGGCAGGAGGAGGCUGCAGCACUUCCCAAGUCCUGAUCUGCAUUGCAGCCCCCCCAAUGCCUUUGCAAACCUGCCCCUUGCUCUCCUGCACGCCAUGCCCCCACUGACUAUGAUGCUCUAUGGUUGCUGGGCUCAACCUGCAGAAGAGCUGGCCCUGCUUUCACAGAGAGCUGCUCUGCCAUAGCAGAUGAGCUGGAGAUGCAGCUUUCCUCCUGCUUCCCAGCAAUGCAGAGCCACCAUGACCCACCACAGCAGGAGCUCCUCUGGACUAUGGAAGAUCGUGGUGUGGGAUGAGGAUUUCUUCCAGGGCAAGAAGCACGAGUUCACCACCGACUGCUACAGCACCGCGGAGCACGGCUUCAGCACCGUCCGCUCCUGCAAGAUCGAGAGCGGGGCAUGGGCCGGCUUCGAGCACUGUGGCUUCCAGGGGCAGCAGUUCGUGCUGGAGCGCGGCGAGUACCCGUGCUGGGAGGCGUGGAGCGGCAGCAAUGCCUACCACGUGGAGAGGAUGUGCUCCUUCCGCCCCAUCGCCUGCGCCGACCGCGGGCGCAGCAGGCUCAUGCUCUUUGAGGAGGAGAACUUCCAGGGCAAGCGGGGGGAGCUGAGCGAUGACUGCCCCUCGCUGCCCGCCCUGGGCUGGGAUGGCAGCGCCGUGGGCUCCUUCUUUGUCCGCUCCGGCGCGUGGGUCUGCUCGCAGUUCCCGGGGUACCGUGGCUUCCAGUACCUGCUGGAGAGCGACAGCCACGCCGGCGAGUACAAGCGUGUGCGGGAGUGGGGCUCCCAUGCACAGACAGGACAGGUCCAGUCCAUCCGCAGGGUCCAGCAGUGACCACCGGAGCCACCGUGACACCAACCGCACACCCUGGGCACUGUGUCCACCAUGGGGCAGCAGGG